AUGGUUGCUUAUCCCGCGUUGGCUGUGAGUCGCUUUGAUGUGUCCGGAGCCGUUGGCAGCGUGCAAAAGGCAGAAGGAAAGGCGCCCGCAGACAUGUCAUCAUCAAACAGAAUCCGGCCGGAGUUGCUGCUCCUGCAGCUGCUGCUGCUAAUCCCUUUGCUGCAGGCCGGCACAGUGGCAGCUCCGCACCUCGAUUCGGAUUCGGAUUUGGAUUCGGUUUCGGAUCCGGACACCACCACCUACAACUACGACCCGCAUCAGGAAUCGGAGACGGAGACAGAGUCGGAGACGGAGGCCACUGCUGCUCAAGUGGAUGGCCAGCGCAUCGACUGCAAAUUGACUUUCGAUGCGGCGACAAUGGACUCGUUAGGCUGCCACAAUGAGGGGGCGUUGCAGGCGAGGGGGGCGUGGCUGCCACUGGCGAGUGGUAAUAAGCCGAUGGAGCAGUUGGCCGAGGCAAAUCCGGACGCCUGGCGGCCUCGCCACUUGAAGUCCCCGGACAGCCAGCCCAUCUAUGAAUUACAAUUGGUUGUUUGGCCCAGUGACAUCGAGGAUGGUGAUGACUUCAGUCCGCCGCUGGCCACCACCACCUCCACCACAACAACAGCAAGGACCACUAGAGCCACCAGUACGAGUAGCACCACACCCAGCAAGCCCAACCCAUCCCAAAUUGGGACACCUAUUGAGCAAAUGUGGCCAUUGUACGAGGAUCAAUUGGUUGUAUUUCCGCAAAUGGACUUUGAAGAGGAGAAUCUUGAUUAUUUCUUCGACGAAGUGCCACCACCCACUCCAGCACCCACUCCACCCACAACCACAAGCACGAGCACUCAUCCCACGGGCACGCCCACUCCCACGCCCAUCUAUGUUGUGCAAAACUAUCACGUGAUACACCCCAACGGCACCGAGGAGUACAAAUUGGUGAUGAGCAACGGCCUGGUGAACUACAAGAAGCUGUACACCAAGCGGGUGGCCGACCGGCUGGUCAACGUGCAGGAGGGCUACAACUCGGUGCCCAUUCCGGGGCCCAGGAACCAGAUCCAGACGCAGUACUACAUCGCCGACGAGCGGGGCUACAAUGUGUACCGAAUCGAGCUGCACUAUCAGCAGCCAGGGUUGCCCAAACAUUUGCAUUACAAAGCCACAAAAGCGACCAAUAUGUGA